GCGCCCCCAGCACGUCUUCUUAAAACUCAAGGUUUGAGGGGAUCUUCUUCUGUGGCCAUCUUGAAUUUUGAUAUAUUUGAAAACAUUCUGAAGAAGUUUUCUUUCCAACAGUCAGCAUUUGGGUACUCACCUUCCGACGUCCACAUCAUUGGCCACAGUCUGGGUGCCCACGCAGCUGGAGAGGCAGGAAGGAGGAUCAAUGGGACGGCUGGGCGAAUCACAGGGUUGGAUCCAGCUGAACCUUGCUUUGAGGGCACACCCGACUUAGUCCGAUUGGACCCCAGCGAUGCCCUGUUUGUGGAUGUAAUUCACACAGACGCUGCCCCUAUAAUCCCUAACAUGGGGUUUGGAAUGAGCCAAACCGUAGGCCAUCUAGAUUUCUUUCCAAAUGGAGGAAAAGAAAUGCCCGGAUGUCAGAAGAACAUUCUCUCUCAGAUCGUUGACAUAGAUGGGAUCUGGGAAGGGACCCGUGACUUUGUGGCCUGUAAUCACUUAAGAAGCUACAAGUAUUACUUGGAUAGCAUCCUUAACCCCGAUGGCUUUGCUGGAUUCCCUUGUGCCUCUUACAGUGUUUUCUCUGCAAACAAGUGCUUCCCCUGCCCCAGUGAAGGCUGCCCACAGAUGGGUCAUUAUGCUGACAGAUUUCCUGGAAAAACAAACGGGGUGGGCCAGAUAUUUUAUCUAAACACUGGUGAUGCCACCAACUUUGCCCGUUGGAGGUAUAAGGUAGCUGUCACGCUGUCUGGAAGGAAGGUUACAGGACACGUGCUAGUGACCUUGUUUGGAAAUAAAGGGAAUUCUAAACAAUAUGAAAUUUUCAAGGGCACUCUCCACCCCGACAGCACUCACUCCAACGAAUUUGACUCUGAUGUGGAUGUUGGAGAUUUGCAGAAGGUUAAAUUUAUCUGGUACAACCGGGUGAUCAACCCAACUCUACCCAGAGUGGGAGCGUCCAAGAUCAUGGUGGAAAGAAACGACGGAAAAGUGUUCAAUUUCUGUAGUAAAGAAACUGUGAGGGAAGAUAUUCUGCUCACUCUUACCCCGUGUUAGGAGCAGCUGACAUGUGACCACGGCACCUUACUGCUAAUAAAAUCUACUGGUGAAGCAAUCCA